AUGAUCAAAUCUGAAAAAUUUUGGGAGGAUGAACGGGAAGCGCCUCUCAUGCAAUUGAAUCGACAUUUUUUGAAAUAUCCGGUGGAUCCAGAAAUCUUUGUUCGAACAUCGAAAUGGCUUUCAGUGUUGCCUGAUCUCCAGUUAUCAACGUUAAAAAAGGAAGAAGAAUGUCAAUCUGAACGAAUCAUUCUACUUGAUGCGGAGCGAACAUUUCUUGGCAAUGUUCAACGGCAAAAAUUAAUAAAGGUUUUGAAUUCUUUUAAAAAUGAAUUUCAAACAUAUCAUCAAGGUCUCUCUUAUAUCGCCGGUUUUCUACUGUUGACAAUCGAAGAAGAUGAUGUUGUUCGAAUCUUACGACAUUUGAAUAGUACUAACUAUUGGAAACAUGAAGCUGUGCAAUUAGCAAUCGACGCCUAUGUAUUCGAACAUCUCAUGAAUGAAUUCUAUCCCAAACUCAAUGAACAUUUAAUUAAAAAUCGAAUCUUGCCCGAAACCUACUGUCAAAAAUGGUUCGCCGCACUGUGUGUCAAUGUUCUCCCAUUCGAAGCUCUAUUCCAAUUUAUUGAAAAUUUACUGUUUUAUGGCACAAUUUAUUUAUUUCAAUUUGCACUGAGUUUGGCAAAACAUAUUCAGAAUGAUCUAUUAGAAACCAAUAAUUCGGGUACGAUCUAUCAAUAUCUCCGUUUAGAUUCGUCGCUUGCAAAAUUCAGAGAUAACGCAAUUGGAAUGGCUAUUGUCAAUGAAGCACUAUCGUACAAUCUUGCGACGUACGAUUUUGAACAACUUAGAAAACAAGCGUACGAUGAAAAAUUGAAGGCGCGCAUGGAAGCAGCAAAGCAGUGUCAUCAGCAACAUGCUGAUACUGAUACUGAUACUGAGAGUGAGAGUGAAGACGAAGAUGAUAGUUUGGAAUGUCAGCUGUGUAACAACCUCGUGCCCGAUUAUGUUUGUAUAAAAUGCAAUAAAUUCAUAUGUGACCGAUGUUCAAAACGAUCAAGCGAACAUACAUGUAGCAGAGAAGCAUUACGACGUCUUGAUGAAGAAUCAACAGAUGUGAAUAGUAUUGUCAGUAACAUAAACAAAUUAAAUAUCAAAUAA